CGAAAUACAAGCUCAAAUUUAAUAUUUGUUUAUUUAUAUAAGGAAAUUUAUAAAGCGUACAAAAUAUCAGAAUAUUUAAUUAAUUAUACAUGUCCAACUUUAUGAGACUUAAUCCAAUUUUGGCAUACAAGAUGACAACGACAAUAGACAAUAAAUUGCUGUGUGAUGUCCACGAUGAGGACGAAAUUCUGGAACUGGACGCGGAUAAAGUGGCAUUGGUGGCCGAUACAUUCGGUAAGGUGCAAAUGUACCUGAAAUCCGACACGAAGAGGGGCUACGUCAAGCUUAAUGCGCCCGGCCUCUACAGUUUUCAAAUGCCGGAACACCCUCAUGGUGAUCCAGAGAGCAUCACACAUAAUGAGGAUGAUGAUUCAAAGCUAAUUGACAGUUGGACAAAUGAGAGCAUGGAAGAGAUCAAUUUGAUAAAGAAAGAUGACGAGGCGCUCCUCGGCAGCAUCCAAAGAGAUGAAGUGACUGGCGAGAUUUACAUACUGAUGCCUCUUGAAAUGGACGUGCUGCUGCAAUCUGAGUUCCCGAUUGAUUCCACCGAACAGCCACGAGCCCUCGCUGCCUCUGACUCCACAAUGACCAUAACCGACAUUGUCGAUGAAGAGAAUGCGUCGCAGACGACACUGACAGAUAAUACACUACCAGCCAUCCCACUGCAAGGCGAGGAGGCGGGUAUGGGUAUACUCUGCGAAUAUGAGGUAUGCAGAUUAGUGGUGCCGCAGCUGAGCCUGAACUUCAAACUAACGCUUCAAGUUGGCGAGCCAAAUGAGGAUGAGGUCGAUGCAAGCGACAUCGACGACGGCGACUACAACAACAACGAUGCAGACGAUGCUGACGACGCUGACAACGAAAUCGACGAAGACAACGACGAAGACGACGACGACGACGACGACGAAGACGACGACGAUGACGACGACAUCAACAACGACAACAACAAUGACAACGGCAACGAUGACGAUGAAGACUAUAAAGAGGAUUAACAAUUAUUUCUUAUGGUAGCAGCAUUUCUCCCAGGCCAAAUGCAACAAUCGAGCGCCGAGAUUUCAUUUUAGCUACAAAGGAACAAUAAGAAGACCAUAGCCCAAGCAGCUGCGCGUGACUCCAACCCUGUAUCGAUGCCCCCAAUCCUUAACUACACUUGUGCUGGUUGUAAUUGAUAAAUUUA